UGAAAGACCUGAAAAAACUCAAGUAAUGGAACUGCCGUCAAGUCCAGAACAAUCUGAGUCAGAGCCCGAUGAGCUGGAACCAGAAGAAGAAGAGGAGGAACCAGAGCAGAAAACAGCCUAUCAGAAACUUCUUUCAACUCUCAGCCAACCAAGAGGUGAAGCUCAGAGCGAAGAGGAGGACAGCACAGAUGAUGAUGAUGAUGAUGAAGAAGAAGAGGAGGAGGAGCUUCUUGGUGAAGAUGAGAUUGACGCUGAGGAGGGAAGUGAGGGUGGUGAUGAAGAUGAAAAGGGAGAAGGAGAACCUGCAGAUGGAGAGGAAGCUUUGAUGGAAGCAGGAGAUGGGGAGGAUGACAAGAAGGAGCCGGGAGAUGAGUUUGUAGACAAAGAGCAUGAGUCCCAGUUCUGUCUGGAGACCAACUUCACGGGAAAAGGAGAACAGGAGGAAACACGGGACGAAGAUAGUAAAGACAUGUUUGUCCAGCAUUUGGACACAGAGCUUGAUGAAGAGGACGUGCAGAAGAUAACAUCGGGCUGCAAAUCAAAGACUCAGAUUACGUGGCCAAAGCUGGGAACUCUGCUUUGCACCAAUCCCCUGGAGAAGUUCGGCCCUAUCGGCUCCCAGACAGACACAAACCUCCCAGUUUUCCAUAAACUUGUGGAGACACGCUGGAGGGAUCUGAACCAGACGUUCAAUCAUAAAGGGCAGGCCGAAGAGAUCAGCCCUCUCCAGCUGGAGUUGCUGGCCCUAAUGGGCUCCUAUAAAGAUCUGUACUACCCGGAGACAUGCCCUGUCAAGCAGGGACCAUAUGUGCGCAGUGCAUAUUGCCUCCAUGUGCUUAACCAUGUACUGAAGGCUAAUUCUCAAGUCCUGGCUCAUAACUCGCAGUUGAAAGAGCAGAAGAGUCGGACUAAAGCCGGAGCCGAGCCACAGGAUGAACUCCGAGACCAAGGUCUCACCAGGCCAAAAGUCCUGAUCCUCGUUCCAUUUCGGGGAAGCGCGCUGCAGGUCGUCCAUACGCUCAUCAGCCUGCUGGAGACUAAAGGCAAGAAAGUGAUGGUGAGCAACAAGAAGAAGUUCAAGGAAGAAUUUGGAGAGGACGAGGAUGAGAAGCCGCCCAAUUUGCAGAGACCAGACGACUAUAACGCUAUCUUUACAGGCAACGUGGACGAUCACUUCAGGAUAGGUGUCUCCAUUUUGAAGGGCAGCAUGCGCCUCUAUGCCCCCUUCUACUCAUCCGACAUCAUCAUCACGUCUCCUCUGGGCCUUCGCACUGUGCUGGGAGCAGAAGGAGAACGCAAGAGAGACUUUGAUUUCUUGUCCUCUAUCGAGUUGCUAGUGGUGGAUCAGGCAGACGUCUUCCUCAUGCAGAACUGGGAGCAUGUGCUGCAUGUGAUGAAGCACAUGAACCUGCAGCCGCUGGACUCCCACGGUGUCGACUUUUCCAGAGUGAGGAUGUGGAAUCUGAAUAACUGGGCCCGACACUACAGGCAGACGCUGGUUUUCAGCUCCAUUCAGGACCCACAGAUCAACAACAUCCUCACCAAGCACUGCGCCAACUACCGCGGACAGAUUGUCAUAAAGAACAUACCAAAAACUGGUUCCAUCUGCCAGGUCUUGGUCCAGCUGCCUCAUGUCUUCCAGAUGUUUUCCUCCGCCAGCUUCAUCGACCACGAUGCUCGGUUUCAGUUCUUUAUAGACAAAGUGCUUCCGCAGUACAAGGAUUCGGUUAUGUCACACACUCUGAUCUACAUCCCGUCUUACUUCGACUACGUUCGGCUGCGUAACUACAUGAAGAAAGAGGAGAUGAACUUUGCCAGCGUCUGCGAGUACUCCAGCAAAUCCGAGGUGUCCCGAGCACGCCACUUUUUCCAAAAGGGGGAGAAACAGUUCAUGCUCUUUACGGAGCGCUUUCACUUCUACAAGAGGUACACAAUCAAAGGGAUCCAGAACCUGAUAUUUUACGGAUUGCCCUCCUUCCCACACUUCUAUAGCGAGGUGUGUAACAUGCUGGCAACAGCAAGUCAGGGGGAGGAGGCCAGCUGGACCUGCACGGCACUCUACUCGCGCUACGACGCUCACAAACUGGCCGCCAUCACCGGAGCACAGCGAGCAGGACAGAUGCUGAACUCCAACAAGGCUGUUCACCUCUUUGUCACGGGAGGGGAAGACAAAAAUGUAUGAUGACAUUGGAUGAAUAUGAAAAGGAGCACUGGAGUAAAUUGAGCAUAGGUGUUUACCAUGCUUAAUAAUCAGGAAAGUUUCCAAAUGCACCAGAAAACAUGUUUAUUGGCUUUGUUGUUGCAGGAGACCAUAAAACAUUCCUUUCAUUUGUAAAGAGAUUAUUAAGUUGUCACUGAUAAGAAGAGUUGGAUGUUUAUUAUUAAAAACUUUCCUUAUCUUUUA